AUGAGAGAAGGCAAGCUUUAUCGAAAAAAAGACUAGUUUAAGGAUGAAGAGAAGACGUAAUUCGAACGAAUCAAAGAUGAAAUAGUCAAUUCAAUAUUUGGUGUCUUCUAUAUUCUCCUUAAAUCUAGUGAAUCUUCUCUCUGGAAGUUUGGAAUCAUACUUGGAGUCUAAUUUCUGCAAGUUAUCUCCUACUCCUUUGAAGAAGCAGUAAGUUUUAUUCAAAAUUUCUCAAGUUUUAUGAUUUAAAUGGCAUUUUAUCAGUUAGGUGAAGUUUGGAAGUCGAAAAAAAUAAUUCAAUACUUGACAAGUUUCUUAUCAACCUUUAGAAUUGUGUAUUGGCUGGAAAAACUAACCUGGGAUGUUUACAUUAUAAUAUACUACGUUUGCAUAUUCUUGAUUUUUCUAGUCAUAAUUGACUUUGUUUACGUGGCUUAUAGUUAUAAAAACAGACGAUUUGCUUUCGUCUGGCCUGUUUAACUAUUAAGAUACUCCUGCAAACUCAUUACAACAAUACUAUUCAUUCCAAUGCUCGAGCUGUUUAUGAGCUUUUCAAGAUGCUCAGAUAAAGAUGGCAUGCUUGUUCAUGCUGUAUUUUAAAAUGUUGUGUGUUUCCAAGGUAUUCACAUCCUUCAUGUGACUUUGUCAUUCUUUAUCAUCUUUCUUUUCAUGGCUAUUUGUAUUACGAUAACUCUCUGCAAUUUUGAAUCUAGAAUGGGAAGAGAUCCACUUGCAAAAAAGCCAGAGCAUUAUUGGUUUUUAAGCUUUGUACUCUUUGUUGGCUCAGCUACUGUUUUUAUCAUUAAUGUAUAAUAAAGGCCUUACUUUAAUGAUAAAACUUAAAAGAUGAUAAGAGGGAAUCUGCUUUAACCUUAAAAGGUUAUGUUAAUUAUCACUCAGAAUAUUGCCUACUUGAAAAUUGUCCUCUUAAAAAUUUUAAGUAAUAAUAAUAGAAGGACUUAAAAAAAUCAUAUGGCUAAUUUGGCUAAAAUUAAACAUAAUAUUCUGCAAGCAAAGAACUUUUAUACUACUGGCAUUAAAAAAUUCCCAAAGUAUACUGCUUUGAAAAUAGAUUAUGCCUAAUUUUUGCUAUACCGCAUGCAUAAUAAGAAAGAUGCUCUGAAGGAAUUAAUGAUCGCUGAAAAACAAUCUCCCAGCUUAGAAUAGCAGUUUAUGAUUUUUAGAUACAGACAUAUUAUAGAGGAUGAGUUGCAUGAGGGAUCAGAUUCAGCUGGAGGCUUAGAUUAUGUCGCAGCAAUUAACUUUGAAAAUCACUAUAGCCAGUUUAAGUAACUUAUUGAAAAAUCUUCACUUUUGCAUUAUGAGUUCUGGAACCAUUUGAUGGAUGAUUAACCAGAUUUAGCGAGAUUAAGUGAGUAAGGAUCAAGAAUUAAUGCAUCUAUUUAGUAAGUUGAGGAUUAAUGGAAGAAACUUACACAAUAAAGUACUUAAACACCAAAAGCUUUAAGAAUGUAUGCAUCUUACCUGAUCGAAAUAUUGAAUGAUAAAGAAUUAGGAAAUGAGCAACUUUAAAAAGCAAAAGAGGCUGCAGUAGCCAGAGUCAACUUCGACUUUAAUAAUAUGCAUGAAGAUUCAUCAGAUAUGAGCUCAUUUGCCCCAGACGGUAGUCCAUGUGUUUAUAUAUCAGGUGAAUAAGAUCGCUUAGGUAUAAUCAGCUAAUGCAAUAUGAGUGUAUGCAGAUUUUUCGGUUAUUCAAAGAAAGAUGAUUUAAUAAAUCAUGAUGUUGAAAUCUUAAUGCCUAAGAUAUACUCAAGAUAUCAUAAGAAAUUCUUAGAAUCAGCAAUUUAGAAGCCACCAGACUUGCUUUCAAACAAAGAAAGACCUGUCUUUGGUAAGCAUUACUCAGGCUUCAUAUUUCCCCUCUGGCUUUCAAUCAAGAAUCUGCCAAGUUUCCUGAGUGGCAGGCAAUUCGUAGCUACAUUUAAAAUGGAAAAGAGUGGCAUCAACAAAAAUGCAGCCCACCUAAUUUUAGACAAAAACAGAGAGGUUAUUGACAUUUCCUCUACUUGCAUCCAGAUGCUUGACAUUGAUCUUAAUAAAUUCGCUAAGUUAAAAGCUAAGUUUGAUAUUUAGCUACUACUGCCGACUCUGUUUGGUACUAAUUACUAUCAAUUUCAGACUAAGGCAGGAUUUCAAAUUGAGUAUUAGUUUCCAAUUUUGGUAGAAAUUGACAAAAAUAAGGUGGAUUAAGAUGAAAAUGGACAUGAGGACAAUUCAAAUAGAAACGCCUAUGCUUAUGGAGAUAAUGAUGAUGACUAGCAGAUUGACGAUAGGACAAAUGAAUUUCAGGCUAAUGACCAAUCAUUCAACAGAGGGGUAGGGUAGCACAAUACCUAUAAUAUAAGCAUGAUAGAAGAGGAAGAAGACGCAUUGCUGAGUAAUGAUGGCAACUAUUCUCCUCAUUUGCGUAUGGACGACAUGAACUAAACUAAUGGCGCUAAUAAGUACUUAAUGAAAAGAAAUAAUCUCAUCAAGAAUGUUUAGCAAAUUGAAGAAGUAGAUGGCGAGGAUGAAGACAAUGACGAAGUAGGUACUAAUGAUAGGAAUGACGGCCAAGCUAGACUUUAUGAUUACAAGGUGGUCCCUUCCACUGAUAAGUAGGGUGUGAUCUUUUAGUGUAACAUGAAUGAGAUUACUUUUGAAACUCCUAAUCUUGAAAAUGAUAAGCCAGGUUAUUCAGUAAGACUGGAGACUAUUAUUGAUAAUAAUAGAGAUAAGCCGUAGAGUGGUAAUGCAAAGAUCCAAAAAUCAGUUAAAUAAUAAAGUUUUCAAUUCAGUUAUGAUCCUAUUUACAAAAGAUUUUAAAGAGAGCUUAGAGACAAAGAUAAUAAGGAAAUAUUGAUUGACAAAAAUUAUCUAGCUUUGAAAAAAAUGAAAGAAGGGUAUACUAAUCAACAGAAGUCCGGGGCCCAACAAGUAAUUCCCUCUAAGGUUUAGAAUAUGACCUAUAUGACUUAUCUGAAUAAGUAUCAAAAGUGGCUUGAAAAUGGGCAAUAAGGCAAUGUAUUAGAUCAUGAUGAGGAUUCAGAUAAUACUUCAAACUAAUCUGAAGAUGAUGACGGGGAAAGCAACGUUACACCAGUAAAUAAUAAGAAAAAUUAAUAAUAAGAUAAGACGUAAAAUAAAGAACCAGAGCAGCCAUUACCUAUUACGAAUGCCUUGUUAGGAGCAUAAGAGUUUAGUGAUCUCAAAAAGUUCAUUCCAGGUGAAGGAUCUGGAAAAGACUAUCUGAAAUCUGAAAUUGAAAGAAUGAUUAACUUACUUAGGAAGAAAUAAGAAUGUGGAGAUGGCGUGCAUGUAUUCAAAAGACUUGAUCCUGGCUAAAAAAUUACAUCAGCUUCAUCAUAAAAUCAUCCUGGAGUGGGUUAGAGUGGAAAGUAUGAAGAGGUUUAAUACUCAGUAGCCAGUUUAUUUGCAGGGAGAUCAAAUGAGAAGGUCUCUGAUAUGGACGAUGAUCAUGACUAUAAAGACGAGGAAUCUGAGAGAGAUAAAAACAAAAAUAAUGAUUCAAUGAAGAAUUCGAUUAAAUCAAGGAAAGCAUUUCAAAUGGCUAUUAAUGACAAGUCAGUGCCUCCAGCCAUUCAAAGACUUUCAAGAAUAGCUAAUAUUAUACUACUGGCGUUGCUUGCUAUAGCUAUAGUUGAUUAUUCAGUUCACUAUAAGCAACUUAAAGAUACAAUUGAUAACUUUAAAGUAAUCUAAAAUGCUUAUAACAGACUCUCAGAGGUAAAUAAAGUCUGCUACAAUGUGAGAUCAAUGAUUAUGUUAAAUCAAAAGAUCAUGACCAACUAUUACGGCUAUAAAACAAAGACAGAGUUUGUAGAUAGCAUAAAGAAAGAUUUGAUGGCUUCACUUAAUGCCCUAUAUGAAAUAUAAAAUGACAUUAAUCUAUCAUAACUUGAUAUUUCUGAACCUCAUAGAGAUCUUUUAGAUGAUAAGAGAGUUAAGUUAUACUUUAAGCAAGACUUAGGCUCUAUGCAGUCUUUAAUGUUUUCUCUGACAGAAUCAAUUUUAUAGAUUUAAUCCUCAAUAUUCACAGUUUCAAAUCUUAAUCUAUAAGACUUUUCAGAGCAGACUAACGAGGAUGUAUUCUUCUUGAUGUACAAUUCAUUCAAUGAAUUCAGAGGCGCUUUAGUUUAAUCGGUUAACUAUUAUGUUUCUGAGUUGAGAGACAGAGCAGACUCAAGGAUGGAACUUGCAGUGAUACUUUUCAUUCUCUCAAUAGUCGCCUUGACUAUUGUAGUAAUUAUAAUUGUGCCUGUGGUAACAAGUGUUAACAGAUAAAAAGACAAAGUACUUUCCCUUUUCUGUGAAAUAGAUGAUUCAAGUAUUAGAAUAUUAUCUGUAAGGUGUGAGAAAUUUAUUACAAAGUUAUAAUCAGCUGAAGAUAAUCCUAACGACGAUGGCCUUGAUUCAAAUGAGGAUCUUGAUUAAAUCUAUGCUUAAAAAACUGGACUUGAUGGAGAAGAUGAUGACUACUCCGGUAUGCUUGGUGGUAAUGGUAAAAGGAAAAAGAGCUCUAAAAACAAUACUAGGACAGAUAAAACCUUCUAUCUUAAAUUUGUAGUAGCACUGUUUGUUAUUGAAGCUUACUUUGCUUACAAUUAUGGCAUGAUGAUAGAAUAUAAUAGUCAAACAACUGUGUAGACUGAUGAAUUCAAUAAAACUGGAGUAAUAGAACCUUACUUCUGGUUUACUUUGAAUAAUCAAAGAGAACUCUUCUACAACAAAUCUAAAAUUAUCAACAUGGCUGAUUCGUUCUAAGAGGCUUAAAAGGGACUGUAUAUAAUGUAUGCCACUGCUAAUGAUCUGCAAGAAACACAUCUAAAAAAUCAGGACAUAAUUUCCUCUGGUUAUUGGGGCGAGUUCUAGGAUAUAAUGAAUCUCAAUCUGUGUCCAGCUUUAGAAUAAAAGACUGGCUAUUUUGGAAAUGUUGAACUAUGCAACAACUUCGUUUAUGGUAUUCCUCAACAAGGUCUCAGUUUGAUUUUUAUGACUUUCAUCAGGACCAAAAGACUUCAACUGUCGUAAAGCUAAACCAACUUCAGCAAUUAGACUUUCCUAAACUAUCUUCUUAAUCAGCAGGAGACCUUUGAUAACUAUAUCAUACAAAACUAAUUCAUUCAAACAUUUAUGAGACAAUUGAUGAGCAGUUUCUAUUCAUCAAUAUCUGGAGGACUUGAUACCAGAGUUCAAAACAGACUUUUUAUGCUCAUCCUAUUUUUGAUUCUUGUACUAUUGGCUUAUGUGAGUCUUUGGAUCCCUUUGGUAAACUCCUUGACUUCAUAGAUUUAUAAAACUAAACUUAUGCUGAUGAUCAUACCAUUAGAGAUUUUGAUGAGAAUGAAGAACGUAGGAAAGGUGCUCUAGAGUCAGAAUUUUAUUCAAGAAAAGACUAGAACUCCUGGAAGAAAGAACUCAGAGAACAGAUAUCUUCUUGCAGUUUCAUAUCCUGUAUUCUAAUACAUCACUCCCUUUAUUGGACAACUCGAAAUUGAAUAAACCUCUAAUACAGCAUCUUUAAUUUCUAUAUCACUUCAAACUCUUGAUAUGCAUUUUCUAGGCCUAUUUCAUCCGCACCAAUAACACCUUCAAAUGCUAAAUCAAAGUAACCUGGACAGUAAUCUUUUCUCAUAGUUCUCUUUUAGUCGUAAAAUUAACCUAUAUUGUUGUGAAAUUCAAAUCCACAGAUUAUUUUCUCUGAUUUCUAUACUAGAAGCUCGUACCACUGAAACAAUAUUUUCGUCAACAACUAGAACGACUUCUUCUUCAGAAGGUUUUGUUGACUGA